CGUUAGGUGGGAGGACGUAGCUGCAAUACAUGCAACGUGCACAUCUACAGCGGUACAGUACCGUACGGUGCGUUACGUGUGCGCGAGUCAGUGGUUUUUCGAUGAUGCCUUGGUGAUGACGGGAUUUUAACAUUAUAAACACUUCCGAAUACGUUGAGAUAGUUCUUUUUUUAUUUCUAGAUUAAGAAAAUACCGGCCAAUCAUGAAGCUCAUCGUGUGCAUUAUCUCAACAUUGGUCCUACAGGCAUCAGCGAUAAUCCAAUCUCCACCAAGGAUAUCCAAACAACCCCCGACAGACGAGCAGUUAUUUCAAGUGGCUCAAGCAAAGGUCAAUGAGAACGAGAAACCAUUUUUAAUAGAAUGUGAAGCAGAAGGAGAACCUGCCCCAGGGUACCGAUGGAUUAAAAAUGGGAAAAACUUUGAAUGGCCAGCUUAUGACGAUCGUAUCUCUCAGCAACCAGGUCGAGGUACACUGGUGAUCUCUCGACCACGAGACGAAGAUCUAGGACAGUACCAAUGUUUUGCAGAAAACGAAUGGGGAAUAGCCACAUCUAAUUCGGUUUUCGUGAGGAAAGCCGAAUUAAAUUCAUUCAAGGAUCAAAAUCCUAUAAGUCUGGAUGCGAAUGAAGGACAACCGUUUAAACUGACAUGCCAACCGCCAGAUGGUUGGCCGAAACCAAACGUAUAUUGGUUAAUACAAGAUACUGCCGGGGCCAUCAAAUCGAUCAAUAAUUCCCGAAUGACACUGGACCCGGAAGGAAACCUUUGGUUCAGCAAUGUCUCUCGAAACGAUGCCUCUGACGAUUUUUAUUAUGCAUGCGCAGCUACGUCUUUAUUCAGAAGUGAAUAUAAAUUAGGGAAUAAAGUUCUAUUGAAUGUUAUUUCAUCGGGGGUAUCUGCUAGUCAGAACAAACACGAGCCCGUUAAACAAUACGUCAGUAGGAAAAACGAAGUUGCCUUACGCGGUAAAAAGAUUGAAUUAUAUUGCAUAUAUGGUGGCACGCCACUGCCACAAAUAGUAUGGAGUAAAAACGGCGAAGUGGUUAGAACAAACGAUCGAAUAACACAGGGGAAUUAUGGUAAAUCGUUGAUAAUAAAACACGUCAAUUUUAAAGACGAAGGUACGUACACCUGCGAAGCGUCCAACGGAGUAGGAAACGCGCAAUCGUAUUCGAUAAACUUGCAAGUGAUGGCGGUACCAUAUUUCACUAUUGAACCUGAGAUAAUCAAUGCGGCGGAAGACGAAACCGUCGAGUUUAAGUGUGCGGCUGACGGUGUACCUGUCCCAGAAAUCAAAUGGAUACACAAUGGUAAACCGAUAUCGGAGGCUCCACCAAAUCCGCGUAGAAAAGUUACAUCGAACUCGAUCAUCAUUGAGAAACUGACGAAGAAAGACACCGGAAAUUACGGUUGCAACGCGACAAAUUCAUUGGGUUACGUAUACAAAGACGUGUACGUAAAUGUUCUAGCCUUAGAGCCCGAAAUCACACAACCCCCGGCGGAUAUCGCUACGGUCGAUGGUAAAACGGUAAGGAUCACUUGUCGUGUGUUUGGAGCACCGAAGCCGGCCGUUAAAUGGGCACGGAACGAUCAAGAAUUGACUGGCGGUCGAUAUAAGACUCUAGAGUCUGGCGAUCUAGAGAUCGAAAACGUAAUAUUCUUAGAUGCGGGCACUUAUACGUGUCACGCAUCUAAUAAAUUCGGACAAGUCGAGGCUACUGGUAAUCUAGUGGUAAAGGAACAUACAAGGAUUACGGAUGAACCGGAAGAUUAUGAAGUUGCUGCAGGUUCCACUGCAACCUUUAGAUGCAAUGCAGUAACCGAUCCGAGUAUGGUCCUAACAAUCGAUUGGUUAAGCAACGGCGAACCCAUAGAUUUCGAGAUGGAACCACGCUUCAUUCGUAGCACCGAUUACUCUUUAAUGAUUACGAAAACAACAGAAUUGGAUUCUGGUACUUACACGUGUGUCGCUCAUACGGAAUUGGACGAGACCAAAGCACAGGCGACGCUAGUUGUUCAGGAUGUGCCAAACUCACCGAAGUUACUCAGUGUGCGCUGUAUGGCAAACGACGCGUCCGUACAUUGGACACCUAUGGGCGAUAAUAGAGCUCCGAUCUUACGAUAUACUAUUCAACACAAUACAACCUUCACGCCAGAUACUUGGGAAGUAUCGAGGGAUUCUGUGCCAGCCACUGAACAAACGUACGUCGUUCCUAUGACGCCGUGGGCGAACUACACGUUCCGUGUAUUGGCUUGGAAUAAAAUAGGACCGUCGUUGCCAUCGCCACAUAGCGAUGUGUGCACUACGUUGCCGGACGUUCCUUACAAGAAUCCCGAUAAUGUCGUCGGAAAAGGAUCUACCCCGCAAAAUCUCGUAAUAUCGUGGACGACCAUGCCGCAAAUAGAGCACAACGCUCCGAAAUUCAUGUACAGAGUGUACUAUAAACGCGACAUACCGGGGGAGAAAUGGACCAUAGAGGAUAUAAACGAUUGGAGGAAAAACGAUUUGGUAGUAGACAAUCAGCCCACUUACCAGAGGUACAGGAUUAAAGUUGUGGCUAUUAAUGAGAGGGGAGAAUGCAGAAUUGCGCCCGAGGAAAUAAUUGGAUACUCCGGAGAAGAUGUGCCACUGCAGGCGCCCAGUAAUUUUACGCUGAACCAAGUGAAGUCGAGUACCAGCGCGCAGUUCUCGUGGAAUCCAGUUCCCGAAGACUCGGUGCGAGGUGAAUUACAAGGAUACAAGAUCCAAACGUGGACAGAGAAGGAUGGUGAAAAGGGAAUGCGAGAAAUCGAUAUAAGAGGCGGUAACAGGACGCACGCACUCGUCAAUAAGUUCGUUCCAUUCAGCAAGAAUUAUGUCCGGAUACUAGCGUACAAUGGCCGGUACGCGGGACCACCUUCUGAAACUUUAAGCUUCGAUACACCCGAAGGAGUUCCGGGAACAGUUCUCGGCUUGGAGGCGUAUCCUAUGGGAUCCAGCGCCUUAUUUUUGGUGUGGACGAAACCGGCCGAACCAAAUGGUAUCUUAAAUGGGUACAGAAUUUAUUACGAACCGGUAAUCGGCACUAGGUUAGGCCCAUUGUUAGAAAGAAAACCUCACAUUAUGGAUCCAGAAGCUACAAGCGCGAAAUUGGGAGACAUGGUGCCCGACACGAAAUAUCGUAUACAUAUACGGGCGACAACGAAAGUUGGCGAAGGGAACGAUUACUUCAUCGAACAAAAAACACGGAAGUCUCAACCUCCGGACAUACCUCAUUUCACGUGGGAAACCAUUCCGAAAGAGAAUGGCUAUUCGAACGUGCGAAUCAUUUGGCAGCUGAAUCUUAACGGGAAUCCGGGAAGUCACUUUUUCGUGAAGUACAAACUUAAGGGUGAAACGAUAUUCCUCGAAACGGACCCGGAGUAUUUGUUGAACACGAUCGAGAUACGCGGACUUCAAAGCGGCGAAGUAUACGUGAUGUCUGUCGUCGCCGUCGAUGGAAAUUACGUCACAGAGAGCGAACAACAGGAGGUUGAAACAAGCAGCGAGGGGCCCAUCAUUCAACCGAAGGAAAAUGUCGCGACCGCCGGCUGGUUCAUUGGAAUGAUGCUUGCGAUCGCGUUCCUUCUCUUGGUACUUAUAAUUGUCUGUGUUAUUAAACGCAACAGAGGCGGAAAAUACGCGGUACACGAAAGAGAAUUGGCUGCCGGCCGCGGCGAUUAUCCGGAAGAAGGUGGUUUCCAUGAGUAUUCGCAACCUCUGGACACUAAAUCGGCGGGCGGUCGAGCGUCUUUGGCAUCGUCCUCCCAUCAAGACGGCAAACAUCCGGAAUCUGACACAGAUUCUAUGGCGGAAUACGGAGAGGGAGACACAGGACGUUUCACGGAGGAUGGUUCUUUCAUCGGACAAUAUGGGCCCAAGGUUAGACCAGAAGAAACACCACCCAUUCCAAGCGGUACUAUGGCCACAUACGUGUAACCUCUGCCAUUAUCUUAUCCAAGCCGCAUGAAAAUUGUUUUCUUGUCAGAAACGAGGGCUCCAGUUCUCGCUAGCCGCAGCAGCUCUGCUAUGCACCUUGCGCUGGGCGCAAUGUCCAACACUAUACUGCCAAUUAGACUUUGGUUUUGGGUUUUAUAGUUUACGUAGUCGUAUAAGUAAAUGUUUCUAUAUCGAGCCGAUCUAAGGGAUAUACAAGUCAUGCACAACAUUUGUACAUUCAUGUCAUCCGAAGACUUAAUUCCUCUUAAAUGUUUGAUACAUACACAUUAUUUAGACGUGCUGCUCGAGUAUUUGGGCAAUCAUUUUAGCAAUCGGAAGAACGUUGAUCUGAGAUUAUUUGACUGUGAAUUGGAAGUACCGUUUGUUAGUCGAUCGGAAAUUAGCUACAAAUGAUGAAUUUAUUGAUGAUCAUUGAUUAAUUAUAAAACCCAAAGACGAUGAUAGGUGUCUCAUAGCGUGCAAGCUAUUUAUGGACAUAAUAUAGUAGAAAAUAUUCUAGCAUCGACAGUAAACAUUUUUUGACAAGGCCAGAUUGAUAAGGACACAACAGCUUGUCACAGGGUAUACGAGUUAUGUUUAUAUUGUUCCAAGUGUGUACGGCACAAAAGCAGAAUGCACUUUUCAGGCUGCAUAUGAGGAUCACAUUUGAUAUGGGCGAAAUGGAAGAAAGAUCUGAUCAGUAUCUAUAAUUCAUGUUAUACGAAAUUAGUUAAACCGGUGUUACUUAUAUGCAAUCUUGAAAAUCGGAGGGACUGAUGUUGCGACUUGUGUCACAAUCUGGCCUCGACUGAUUCUACUUUUAAACUAAAGAAAAUGAAGGGGAAAAAAAUGAGAAGAUUGUUCUAAAGACCUUUAGAUGCGAUCAAUUUUUACUCUGCCGACAGAGGGCCAAACGUAAACGAAUCAGCGACCAUCUAACAACUAUUGUGCACUCGCACUUUCAUUAACGAUACACGA